CUGAAUCAGUAAAGACUGUACUAAAUAAAAAAAUGUCGUCGAAUCAAAAUUUAAUAAAAUUUUCAACAUUAAUUAUUUUUAUAGGAGAAUAUUCUUUAAUAAUAAAUGGUUUACCACAAAAUCGUUAUAUAAAAACAAUAGAAUUAGAACCAAUAUGUACUGAUAAUGAAACUGGAAGAAAACUUUUAGUUGGUGAAUCAUUGAAUCGACAUGAUAAAUGUACAAGAAUUCAAUGUAUUGGUGAUGAAAAUUUAUGGCAAUAUGAAUGUAAUGUACCAAGUUUAAAUGGUGAUUGUGAACCAAUUGAUGGACCAAAACCAAAUGGUGUAUAUCCUGAUUGUUGUCCAAAAUAUCUUUGUAUAAAAAAACUUUCUGGUGAUAAUUAUGUUGAAAAAACAAUUUAUGAUCAUUAUGGUAAUUUAUUAAAGAAAACAACAACACAAAUAAUAUCAGUUAUUAAUGUUAUCAGUCGAACAAAUACAACAAAAUUAACAAAUGAUGCUGUACGUUGAUUACAGAACUUAUGAAUUAAAA